GCUAUUACAACACAGCUUCCCUGACGGGAAGUGGGAGGUCCGACACGGGCUGUGGAACGGCCUUGGCUCAGAAGAUAUUACCUAUUUAACUUCUUUUACUCUCUUUUUCCUCAAUGGAAUUUUAACGAUAGAGAGAAAAUGUACAUCGACUAAUGCUGACCCAAUUUAGUGAUAAUGUCUCAGAGAAGGCUCCAACUCUUGGUGCUCGCCUUUCUGGCUUCUGCUUCUUCUGCCUCAAAAGAAAUUGCCAGCCAUUUGGUAAUAACGCCACAGUCUCCAGUGAUUCAGAUCGGAACUAAUUUCACUGCCACAUGUGUGAUUGUUGACACGAUUGAAGCAACUGCAGAUGAUCUCUUCUGGAAUAUUUCUCAGCGGAUGAUCCCUAAGAAUCAGUACACUAAGAUCAACGAAACAGCACUUAGUGUCACUAUCCUUGUCACCGGUGAAAAGCCAGAAUGGUUAUUUUGCUACUGCAACAAGAAAUCACCCUACGUUUUCAAGCACAAGGGCAAAUUUAUUCACGGGAUCCCUCUAACCAAAGGCUAUCCUCCAAACAAACCUGAGAAUAUAACCUGCAUGGUACUUCAAGGGGAGGUUUAUAUCUCAAACAACUUCAAGUGUUGGUGGGAAACAUCAGGAUACCAGAGCAAGGAAAUGCCAACAAACUAUACUCUGCAUGUUAAAGCCAUCCACAGUGGUGCCUACAGUGUGUCAACAGAAGAAAAUAGCGCUCAAGUGACAAUGGACUUCCCUGCUCAUCUGGAGCUGGAGAUUUGGGUAGUGGCCCACAAUCCGUUGGGAACUGUCGCAUCUGAACAUUUCACAAAAGAGGCUUCUUCGUUUGUUAAAACAAACCCUCCAGCUGAUGUCCAGGUCUUGUCAGAAGAGAAAUUCCCUCCCUCCCUUCUCAUCAAGUGGAAACACCCAAUUCAACCAUAUUAUUUAAGACUAAAAUACGAAAUCAGGUAUUGCGUCAACGGAUCUCUCAAUUGGAUAAAAGUACCGGUUGUGACUGUUGAUGAAGACAUUGUUGAGUCCUACAGACUCCAAAAGCUCCAGCCUGACACAGUGUAUAUCACUCAAGUGCGCUGUAGACAUACUAGAGAGGGCUACGGAUAUUGGAGUGACUGGAGUACCGCUGUUACCAAGAAAACUCCUGAAGACCGACCAACGAGUAAACCUGAUUUAUGGAGAAUAAUCACAGAAGGUGAAGGCACAAAUGAGCGUCAAGUGAAGUUUAUUUGUAAGGAUCCCGUAUUUUCCAAUGGAAGGAUAACAAGUUUCAACAUCAAGAUUCAAACCCAAAAAGGAAACGUUGGGAAUGGAAGUGCGGCUUGGGAACGUUUCCCUGUCAACUCGUCAGUGGCAGACAGCAUCCCGCGUCAGACGUUCAAUGUCUUGAAAGAGAUUUCCCUGGCGGAAGAGCGCUCUGUGAAAGUGUACGUCACCGCUGUCAAUUCUGUGGGGAUUUCUCCUCAAGCAUCACUUGGAAUCCCUGGGAAAACUCAUGAGCUCGGCCGAGUGGAAGGACUUAAGGUGUGGCCACGAGGGGGACAACUGUUGGUAAAAUGGAAUGCCCCCAACAAACCAAAUGUUGCAGAAUAUGUGCUUGAGUGGAUUAGUGAUGUUUCCAUGGACUGGCAGAGGGAAAACAGAAGCACCCUACAAACUGUCUUAAAAGGCAGCUUUGAUAAGUUUAUUUGCUACAAGAUAUCUGUGUAUCCAAUAUACUCCGGAUGGACUGGCCAGCCAGCAACAGUGGAAGCUUUUCUUGAGGAAGGCGCUCCUUUGGAAGCACCUUCUGUUCGACUGAAAGAUAAACCCGGGCGAAAUGAGGCGGAACUGGUGUGGAAUGAGAUACCCCCCAAUAAACGACGAGGCUUCAUCAUCGACUACACAAUUUUCUAUUCAAGCGGGAAUGAACUACAUGAAAUCAACGUCCCAGCUAACGUCACCUCAUAUACUCUGACAUCACUGACCAGCAACACCAAGUAUGACACUUGGAUCAGGGCGUCCACUGUUGGAGGCUCCACAUAUGGCACAAAGCACUCGUUUAUCACUCUGAAAUAUGCCCCGGGGGAGAUGGAGAUGAUUGUGGUCGGAGUGAGCCUUGGCUUUUUGUUUGUUGUUCUCACGACCAUGAUGCUAUGCAUCUACAACAAAGAUGUGAUCAUAAAGAACUUUUGGCCUUGGAUCCCGAACCCUGGAGAGAGCACCAUUGGAAACUGGUCUCCUGAUUAUCCUUUGAAACCAGAGACACCAAAGGAGAACUGCCUGUCAGACAUCAGUGUGCUUGACAUGGACGGAAACGAUGCAAAGUCAGUGUUUGAGGAGGACAAGACUAACCUGGCUCUCAAGAAGGACAAGUACCUGUCUGAAGAGCACAGCAGCGGUAUCGGAGGUUCUUCUUGCAUGUCUUCACCUCGUCAGAGUGUGUCUGACAGCGAUGAGGGCGGUGACGUCGUCGAUACCACAGCCAGCACCGUUCAGUACUCCUCAGUGGUGGCCUCUAGUGGCUACAAGGGGCAGACCCCGUGCGUGCAACCUCAGCAGGUCAUUUUUGCUCGCUCGGAGUCCACGCAGCCCCUACUGGACUCCGAGGAGAAUCCGGACAUUUUAGUGCAGGAGGGCAGCAGACAGUCCCAGCUCUUCCACUCUGCAUGGAACCAAGACAGUGGUAGCUCUUCAGCGUGCAAUCAGCUAGAGAUGGAGCCGCAGGAGGUGCUGUUGUCUCUGGAUUUGUGUCCCUUGGAAGAAGACUCUGAGCUGACAACACCUGCAGAUGGCCAAUCAGCAGGAUCCUCCAGCUACAGGCCACAGCUUUGUGGCUACAGGCCACAAUAAGAAGACUGACAGCCGAUGGGGAGGAUGUGACGUGUGAUGUCAAUCAUUCCGUGUCCCUAUUGAUGUUGCAUGUUGGUGUUUUCCAAGCAAUGUUAGCACUAUCUUAACCAAGCUCCCAAAAUAAAGGGACCACUUAAGUUACAUAGCUCAGGUCCCAAUUUAUAAUCACAAAGACAAUGAGGAGGCCACGAUUAAAUGAGAUGACAGGCUUUUAUGAAUUUGGUGCUUGUACGUACUCCCUUGACUAUGUGCAACAUGCUUCUCACGAGAAGACAGACGGCCACCUGGGGUGUCAGUCUUUGGUGCAGCACAGUAGCUGAGCUCCCCAGUUGGAUUCAGGUCCGGGGAACAGGUGGAUCAGUCAAUGUCGGUCACACUUUUCUCCUCCAGAAACUGCUGACAUAAUCCAGCCUCAGUUGGAUGUUACCAUGCGCCAGAAGGAACCUACUGCACCAGCAUAUGGUCUGGUCAUGGAUCUGGGGAUUUUCUUGGGAGGUCUCACGCAACCGUUAGGCUUUCCCCCGAUCUACUUACCGGCUCUAACCCAAUCAUAAAAAGCCAGAAAGCAUGUUUUAUAUUUUUGCCAUAAUCGUUUUACAUGCAUAAGACAAUUCUACAUCCAUAUAAAUGAUGAAUGAAAGGGAUAAAUGAACAUUUGAGGUUACCUUUGCCUUCUAUGAUGAUGUUUGGACAGGACUCAAUAUUGCAGCGAGAUCAUCACAGACACCACUUUUGUGUUUGUCAUAGUUCUUCCUUGAAUUCAAUAGUGUUUCUCACCUCAAGUCUGCUACUUUUUGAUCACGGCUACAAGAUAAGCCAAAAUGGAGCCAAAGAAAGUUACAAGUGCCAGCAUUUUGAUAAAGAAGGUGAGAAACAAAACUCAAUUCAAGAAAUAAGUCACAGCAAAACACCAAGGUGAUUGUCCGUGUCGAUGUUGCCGCUACAUGGUCUUUGUCUCACGUCUGGUUAAAAAUAAUUGGCCAUUUACAUGCAUUUAGAAUUAUUUAUACAUGAAAAACUAUAAUUGCAAAACUAGGAAAACAUGUUAUGUGUUGCUCAAGUGCUGAUGACUUCAUAGAUGGGGGACGAAGCUGACAUCGGGUUCCUGUUUCCAUGUGUUAACAAGCUGCUAACAAGGAUGUUUUGUGAUAAAAUGCUUCAAUACUCGUGGGGUGUUUGAAUGACAUGACAAUGACAAGACAUGCUCCGUAUUGUACGCUAACUGGAAAACAUAUGUGAACAGAGGCAAGAUUUUGGCGGAAAUUUUCGACUUUAACCGAAAAACACUAACCAGGGCGGACUCAGGUGAUCAGAUCAUGAUUUGUUGUCCGUUUGCAUGAACUCACUUUCAAUCCAUUGUCAAUAACAAUUGCUGUUUCAGUUGGACUGACCUGGAGUUACACUGCCAUGACGAGAUGUUCCCAUUGUUUUUGGAGCAGUAGAAUUAAUGUUACUGUCGACAUUAUCAUUUCAAGAUGUCUCCUUUACAGAUUUCAGAUGAGUGUUUUGGAUAUGUGUACUUUGUAACCCUCUUUGCAGUCUUUAGUCUUACCAGUGCAUGUAUCCAUGGCAACUGUAUGCAUAUCAAGUCGCAAAUUCACACUGGCAUACAUUCUGUAUUGAUGAUGACCUAGUGCCUUUUUUUUCAGUUUGCAACUUUUGGAUGUUUGAUUCAUUUAAACUGUACUCAGUAUUAACUCUUUGUUUGUAGACACUGUGGAUGUCUGCUGUAUGCUUUGCACGUGAAUUGUGAUUAAAGUGUGAUUUUGCAGCUUCACUAACAGGUUUUUCAAAAAAUGUAUGAAUAAAUCAUGCUGUUUCA